UUUAACCAGCAGGCACACCUUACUCGACAUCACAGAAUUCAUUCUGGAGAGAAGCCUUACAAAUGUCAAGAAUGUGGCAAGGCCUUUAAAGAGCGCUCAUACCUUGAUCUACAUCACAGAAUUCAUACUGGAGAGAAGCCUUACAAAUGUCAAGAAUGUGACAAGGCCUUUUACCAGAGUUCAUUGCUUAGUGCACAUCACCGAAUUCAUACUGGAGAGAAACCUUACAAAUGUAAGGAAUGUGGCAAGGCCUUUAACAAGUGCUCACGACUUACUCGACAUCACAGAGUUCAUACCGGAGAGAAACCUUACAAAUGUCAAGAAUGUCACAAGGCCUUUAAGUGUCACUCAACCCUUAGUAAUCAUCUCAGAUUUCAUACUGGAGAGAGACCUUACAAAUGUCAAGAAUGUGGCAAGGCCUUUAAUGAUCGCUCACGCCUUGAUCAACAUCACAGACUUCAUACUGGAGAGAAGAAACUUUACAAGUGUCAAGAAUGUGACAAGGCCUUUUCCCAUAGCUCAUUGCUUAGUAAACAUCACCGAAUUCAUACUGGAGAGAAACCUUACAAAUGUAAGGAAUGCAGCAAGGCCUUUAAACAGCGCUCACAUCUUACUCGACAUCACAGAGUUCAUACUGGAGAGAGACCUUACAAAUGUCAAGAAUGUGACAAGGCCUUUAAGGGUCACUCAACCCUUAGUAAUCAUCUCAGAUUUCAUACUGGAGAGAAACCUUACAAAUGUCAAGAAUGUGGCAAGGCCUUUCACCGGAGCUCAUUGCUUACUGCGCAUCACAGAAUUCAUACUGGAGAGAAACCUUACAAAUGUAAGGAAUGUGGUAAGGCCUUUAGCCGAACUUCAGCCCUUACUCAACAUCACCGAAUUCAUACUGGAGAGAAGCCUUACCAAUGUCAAGAAUGCGGCAAAGCCUUUAGCCGGCCUUCACAACUUACUCAACAUCACCGAAUUCAUACUGGAGAGAGACCUUACCAAUGUCAAGAGUGUGGCAAGACCUUUAGCUGGCCUUUUGACCUUACUUGGCAUCACCGAAUUCAUACUGGAGAUCAACCUUACCAAUGCCAAGAAUGUGGCAAAGCCUUUAACAAGCGCUCACACCUUGAUCAGCAUCACAGAAUUCAUACUGGAGAGAAACCUUAUAAAUGUAAGGAAUGUGGCAAGGCCUUUUCAUUGCACUCAAACCUUCUUAAGCAUCACAGAAUUCAUACUGGAGAGAAACCUUACAAAUGCGAAGAAUGUGGUAAGGCCUUUUACCGGCGCUCACACCUUACUAACCAUCAUAGAAGUCAUACUGGCAAGAAAGUUUAAAAAUGUAAAGACUAGGAGUAAGGACUGUAAAACCCUUACAUCACAGACCUUUCAUCCAAUGUAACUGGAGAAUAACUAUACACAUCUAAAGAAGUCCACCCUCUCUCUCUCCUGAAACUCACAACAUCGUAGUUAUCAUAUGGGAGCAACAUCAUAAAAUGUGAUGAAUGUGGUGAAACCUUUCACUGGAAUUCAGUCUAUACUCAGUGUCCCAAUAUGCACACUAGGUUCAAACCCUAGAAACAUGAUGACUGCAGAAAGACCCUCAUUUUAAUAUACACGUUUGCAAACAAAGCGCUAAAGAAGGUAAAUUGAAUCAUACAAAUAA